AUGAAUAAAACAAAAAGGUACGAACUAGUAGCACCUGAUGGAGGUUAUGGCUUUGUGAUCCUUAUAGCAGUUACUAUUAAUAUGGCAAUACUUGGAACACACUUGAAUUCCUAUGGAAUUAUUUAUAAUAAUUAUUUUAUUGAACUGGGCAUGAAAUCAACGUACAUAACAUUCUUAUGUGGAAUUUCGGCGAUGUUUGCUGCACUUUCGGGUUUUUUAACAGCACCGCUACUUAGAGUGCUGUCAAUGAGGCAGACUGUUUUAUUGGGCGCGUUGUUCUAUAACUGUGGAGUAUUUUGCACCAUCUUUGCGGAGCACAAAAUUAUAUUCUUAAUUUUUCAAGGUGUAUUUCAGAACAUUGGGUACGGACUAAUUUUCAAUAUAUCAAACACAAUAACAACAAAUGAAUAUUUCGUAAAAAAACGGAUUCUUGCUAUCAGUGUUACGCAAACAAUCGUUGCAUUUGUUGCGUUUAUCGAGCCUCACAUUUUUAAACUGACGACAGAAUGGUAUGGACACAGGGGUACCCUUAUAAUUGUCUGCGCAAUAUCGGUACACAGUUUUUUUGCUGGAGUUUUGAUGCAGCCAGUCGCCUGGCAUAUGAAGAUAGAAGAAAUUCCAUAUGAAACUGAAAUGAAGUUGCUUCUAAAAGAACACACUGAAAUGUCCCAGAAAACACCCGCAGACAUAAAUGCAGGUCGCAACUUAGAGAUAAAAGAUAAAGAAAGUUUUAUACACCGUGUGAGAAGAAUAUUAGACAUGGAACUCAUUAAAUCGUACUCCUUAUCAGUCGAAUGCGUGGGCCCUGGUAUAUGCCUUAUCAUUGACCUCACAUACAUGUACAUGAUACCUUCAGCUUUCAAUUCUUUUGGAUGGAGCGAAGGUGAUGUAGCGUGGGCCUUUACACUCGUUGCCCUCGGAGAUGUAUUGACUAAGAUUUUUCUAAUUGUAAUCAGCAAGUGGUUUAAUAAAUAUGGAAGCAAUAGAGUUUAUAUUUUUGGCAUCAUUCUCACUCUUGCUGCAAGACUAGGAAUUACUUCAUUCGACAAUAUGACAGCUGCUCUAACAUUAUUCACGAUACUGGGCGUUUCUCGAUGCAUUCUCUUCAUAUUUUUUUGUGUUGGUGAUAGCUGA